ACUGGGGGCACGGGCCGAGAAAGCUCAGCCGGCACGGGUGACAGGCAGGCACCCCGUGAUCAGGGGCGAGCACUCUCUUCAAUCAAACUCUUCUUGACUUCUUGAGUGAGUCCAGAAUGGCAGACUCUAUCGUAAACAAGAAAAGUGUGUGUAUCAUUACCGGCGCGACCAAAGGGCUUGGCAAGGCAAUUACGUCGAAUCUAGCUAAAGAACUUCCAAAGGGAUCAUUGUUCAUUUUGCUGGCUCGCAGCCAGGACCUCCUGGAUCGUAUUUCUAGUCAAGUAAAGGAAAACGAUGGUAUUGAAUCUGUAUCAAUGCCAUUUGACCAAAGUUGUGCAGAUGGCGAAACCAAUAAGAAAAUGUUACAGGAUGCUUUGGCCAAAGCUGGUGUUGCAGUCAGUCAAUAUGAACAAGCCAUACUGAUUAAUAAUGCUGGAACAUUAGAUCAUCUUGAUUACUCACGAAAUCUAGAUAGGUUAGAUGUUUCUACAGAGUAUUUCAAAACUAAUUUGAGUGGAUGUAUUACUUUAACUGCAACAUUCCUUCAAGUCUUCAGAGCUCCAGAUGUGAAAACCAGAGUUGUCGUCAAUAUUUCAUCUCUUGCUGCGAUUUCUCCAAUGAAAAGCUGGCUGCUAUAUUGCAUGGCUAAAGCUGCGAGAGAAAUGAUGAUGAAGAUUGUUGCUGCUGAAGAAGAGAACACCAGGACUCUGAACUAUGCUCCAGGUCCUCUAGUCACUGAAAUGACCACAACUGCCAGUGACAAAACUCAAGAUCCUGAGCUCCGCAAGUGGUUCACAGAGCAAAUUGAAAAGAAAUCUCUUGUGGAGUGUGAUGACUCAGCUCAGAAGUUGAUUGCGAUUCUCAGAAAGAAUACCUUUGAGAAUGCACUACACAUUGAUUACUAUGAUGAAAUCUAAAGAUACAGAGUUUGUUCCUGAUGAUGAGAUUACACUUGAAGAAUACUUCCUUACUCUUCAAGGACCAACCUGACCUAUACUUUAUUCGAGAGAUUCAGUUUUGUGAUAUGAAAAGGUCUGCUUCUUUCAAGAUUGUUUGUUUCUUUGUGAUUAUCCUAUAGAAAUUUUCCAUCAGCUCUUCUUAUAUAAUAUGCCAAUAUCUAGGACCCUGCGCCUUGACAUUUUCUUCAUAUGCUAAACAUAAACAACUGUUCGUAUACCAUCAGCUGACUCCAUUGAAAAAGUUGGUUUUGUUUUGAUAUGGGAUAAAAAGGUAAAAACAUACAGGGUGGUUGGGUUUUUUUUGUCAGUUUUCAUCUUUGGUUACUUUUUGUCUGAAGAUGAAUUAUUGUCAAAAUUCAAUUGCAAGGAAUAUGCCAUUGAAAUUGUUCAUGCCUGUUUGUAUUAAAUGUAAAGAGCAAAAGAAAUGAUGAAACAUAAGUAUUAUAAGUGAAAUAACAAUUUCUUUAAACAUUUCUCUAGUACUGAGUGACUGCUUUUUGUACAAUUAUUUCUUCUUGAAUUGUUUGCCUUAUGGUUUAGACAAGAGCUUAGUAGUGACUUGGUCUGGACAAGAUCUUACUGGUGACUUGAUAAUGUAGAUGCUUUAUAACGUUACCCAUUCCCGCCUAAAUCGAUUUGCUCAUUUUUUGGAAGAGGUUUUUUUAAUGUUGUUUUGUUAUUUUCAUCUUUCAUUGAGUGAACUUCUUCUUCUUGUUCGUUCAUCACGUUAGAAAAGAUGGUGAGGGAUGAAGUGUUGAUGCACUCCACAGUGAUUCCCAGGUGGAAAGGGCUGCCAUACAGCUUCUGGUGCAUGUCCCCGGGUUGAGGCCACUAUUUUUGUCUUGCUGUGUCCAGUAGUGGGCAGUCCUGGAGAAUAUGCUGUGUAUAUAGGGGGCUGGCACCACAGGGACAAUUGGAUCCAUCACCAAUCUUGAAUCGGGAGAACAUGUGAUGCUUCAGCCUGUUGUGUCCUGUUCUGAGUCUGAAGAUUAUCACUUGGUCGGCUCUUGGGAUCUGGUGGAUUGAGUCCUUUCUUCUGUGUUGUGUGUUCGUCUCAUUCCAUUGGGCAUGGAUUGCUGAUUUGAUGAGUGUUUUUGCCUCCUGAUAGUUGGGCUUGGAAUCAGUUUGUUCCAUUUAAUAAAUAAUGAUAAUGGAUUGCAUUUAUAUAGCGCAUAUCCACUUAUGCAAUGCUCUAUGCGCUUAACAAGAAAAACAUAUUAUGGAAAAUACAAAUCAAUUUUAUAGGCACAUAGUAUUACAUACGCGUGCACACACAUACUCACGCACCCACACACACAUACACACAUACGUCUAUACGCAUACAAACUCACGACGAUCUACAGUGUGGAUGGAUUUUGUCUAAUUGAAAUAUGAUCAAAA